AUGUCGGAAUACUCAGGUUCCAACUCAGAGGACUUAUCCUUACCUAAGGCAACAGUGCAAAAAAUAAUCAAUGAGAUCCUACCAAAAGAUAUAGGCAUUGCCAAGGAGGCACGAGAAGCAAUAACAGAAUGCAGUAUUGAAUUCAUAAUGAUGCUAUCUACGCAACUGAAUGAUAUCGCCGAGAAAGAAGCCAAGAAAACCAUUGCAUCAGAUCAUGUGGUAAAAGCAUUGGAAGAGUUGGAUUUCAAAAUCUAUCUUGAUAUUAUUAACAAGAUAUUGGAUGAACAUAAAGAGCUAUUAAAGGGUAAAGAGAAAAGAAACAACAAAUUUCAAAACUCAGGAUUGACAGAAGAAGAAUUGUUGAGACAGCAAGAGGAAUUGUUUAAAAAGUCGAGAGCUCGUUUGCAAAACCAAUCGGGAUCGCCUACAAUCAAACCUGAAGCUAAGUAA